CUAAACGUUUAUCUUAUCUGUCAAAAUCCUCGAAAAAUUUGUUACGAGACCGGGACCGGAGGAAUCAAAAACGCGAGAAAAAGGUGUUGCGUGUUUUCUUGUGCCGUAGAAAGGAUAGAAAAACGUGAAAAGCAUCGAAUAAAGUUUCCCACAUUGGUGAAAUGAAAUUGAUUUGAUCCGUUCAUUGUAUCGAGCACAUAAUUCAACCCCCACGAUGGCUGUUUCCUUCUGCGGCAAGCGGAUUCUGUUGACUCGGUUCAACCUGCUGGCCAACCAAAAGCGCCACGGAUAUAUCGUUCUUGUUCCUGAGAUUGGAGAAGAUUUGCCGGAACUGAAUCCACUGGCCAAAUCGGACAAUGGUCUGCCGGAAUUCAACAGCGUUACGAUCGAAAAAUGUGUCGGAACGAUUGGACAUCAGGCAAUUGCCGUGGAGAAAGGACUCAAGGCGCUGGAGGCCAGAAUUGCGACGGCAGGCGACGAACCGCUGGAUGUGAUUAAGGAUGUCAUUCAGCCGUUGGAGCGGGUGGGAGCCCAGCUGGAGACGACGUGGGGUGUGGCGAAAACACUGUACAUGGGAAACAGUUCCAAGAUGCCCACCAAGAGUUAUCUGUCGAUUCACGAAAGAGCUCGCGGGGCAAGAAGAUGCAAAUUCAACAGCGUGCCGAUCUACGGAGCGUUGAAGGAAGCCAGCCAGAAUCAGAAGUUCUCGCAGGAGGAAAGCAGAUUGAUUAACAAAUAUCUGCUGGAAGCGAAGUUGAACGGCAUUGAAAUGGACGGCUCGGCCAAACAUGAGCUGAAAGAUAUUUUGGAAAACUUGACACAGGAGCGUUCCAAAUUUCACGGAAAGAGGGAAGUUGCUCUGAAGAAGUUUUCGCAAAUCAUCAAAGAACCGGCACUGAUGCAGGAGUUCCCGCCUGCGCUACUUCAAGCGCUCGCCGUGGACCAAUCACAGGUGAUAAAAGGACCGUGGAAGGUCACGUUGCAGCCCUACGUGCUUAAUAAGUUUUUGGAGUUCUGCCCGGAUAGAACCCAGCGGUGGAACUUGUGGCAAGCCGAUACUCGAAAGUGCUCCAACCACACGGACAAAACGCUGGAGAACAGCACCCAUCUGGAGCAGAUUCGGUCGUUGAGGAAGCGUCAGGCCAAGCUGCUGGGGUACGAGAGCUUCGCGCACAUGUCGAUGGAGACAAAGAUGGUGGGUUCGAUUGAAAAGUUGAGGGCCACGAUGGAUGAGUUGCUUCAGUACGCGAGACCGGCGCUGGAGAACGAGAUGGCUUCGCUGGAGGAAUUUGCCGUUGACCGCGGAUUCAAAGACAAACUGGACAUUUACGACGUGCCGUAUUGGAAGAGAAGGCAGCUGGUGGAGUGUCACCAAUUCGAUAAGGAAGCAAUGAGGGAAUAUUUCCCGAUGCCGAAGGUGCUGAGUGGGUUGUUUGGAUUGGCUGAAUCGUUGUUCGAUAUUAAAAUUGUAGAACGGACGGGCGUCGAUACGUGGCAUGAGGAUGUUAAAUUUUUUGACAUAUUCAAUGCCAGUAAAGGUACGGAACCAAUCGCCGGAUUCUACACGGAUUUGUACUCAAGGGAGGAAGAGAAAAUCUUCGAUGCAGGUAAUUCCGGUUGGAUGGUCGGAAUCGUAAACAAAAGCAUUGCUGCUGGACACAAUCCGGUGGCGGCACUGAUAUGCAAUUUCCCCGCACCGUUGUACGGAAAACCUUCACUUUUGUCUCUGGAUGAUGUGAAUAUUCUAUUCCAUAAGUUUGGCCAUGCCCUGCAGCAUCUUCUAACUGAAUCGCAUUAUAGCGAACUGGCCGGUCUUUCAAAUGUGGAAUGGGACGCCGUCGAAGUUUCGGGACAUGUGCUGAUGCACCUACUCAACGAUACGGAUGUGAUUCGUUCAAUCAGCUCACAUUACGGCACUGAACAACCUCUUCCAGACGAAUGCAUCACCUCCAUUCAGAAGAGUCAGAAGCAUUUGGCCGGUUACAGCCUUUGUCGCGAGUUGUACUUCUCAAAUUUGGAUUUGGAUUUCCAUCUUAACACUGAUUAUUGGGUGGACGUUGUGAGGAAUUUGUAUCCUCAGUUCCAUACCUUCCCAUUGGACAAAAAGGACGCCCAUCCUUGCUCAAUGACGACUAUUUUCUCUGGAGACUGGGGAGCAGCCUACUUCAGCCGUCUGUGGUCUCGCAUGGUUGCCGCCGAUGUUUACAGUGCCUUUUUGGAAGGCAAAACAAAAGAACAACAGGCUGAAACCGGUCGCAGAUUCCGUGAAACGUUUCUGGCCCUCGGUGGGUCAUGUCAUCCAUCGGAAGUGUUCCGCCAGUUCCGGGGACGUGACCCAUCGCCUAAGGCGCUGCUACAGAAUUUGGGCAUCUUCAAACCAGUGCAUUCCGCCGGUGGCAACCCGACGGCAGCAGCUGGGAGCGAAUGAAGGUAUCCUACCUUCCGUAAAGGGAAGAAUGUUGUUAAAAAAAAAACUAUGUGUAACUAAACAUUAUUAAAUAUAGCAAUCAGUUUAUUGAUCGA